AUGCUGCUUCAUGCGCCAGCAAAUCCAACCCCCAGCUAUCUCUUUGGCUUUCGUUUCCCGAUCUACGUGCACGGUGUCCGGUUGACGCUUAUUAGCAUCAUCUCAUUCUUGUUUCCCGAUUCCGUUCGUACUUGGUAUGAUCCGAAACCGGCCACCGAACGGAGGGCGAAGCGCGGCGCCACUGGUAUUUAUGCCGUUGCGGCCGUUCCAGAUCUCGAGGCGGCUUCCACCGCCCACAGCACCACGUCUCCUACGACGCCCGCCACAGCCAACUACGACUCGCCCGACGGCUUUCGCGACUUUCUUGCUGGCACCGCGCUCGUGGUCCUCCAGCUCUGCGAGCUCGAGGUCGCCAUCACCGUCUUUGUGCUGGUUCUCUGCUUCGAGAUGGCGGUGCGGAACGCUGUUCUGUGGUGGCACGGCGGGACACAGUCGCUGAAGAGACGACCUUGGAUAGACUGGUUCAAUGGGUUUUGUAUUUACAUAAUUGCUGUGGCGCGGAUCUUGGCCAUGGCCGAGCCCACUGUCAUUUGUAAAUAUGACAAGAGCUGCCACGACGGCGUGUGA